AUGAUGACGUUAUUAAUAGCUAUCUAUUUGUUCGCAGGGAAUUUUUUAUUCAUUUACGGUCACGAGGACACACCACAUAUCUACAUAAGGAGCCCUUACUACACGGUCGGCGUGUUCGACAACAACGGGUGUUCGCUGUCAUUUCAAAUGCACACCAACGUCUCGGUGCCCAGUCAAGUGUCGAUAAUGCUAAAGACCGAGAAUUAUACGUCAUUAAUUCAGGAUAAUGUCGAAAACAACUCUCCCAUAUUUUGGGAGAAAAAGAAAAUAUUGUUGGGUCGACAGACAAGACAAGUUAUUAUUGAAAUAAAUAUCAAGCCUGGGUCACAUGUCGCCAUUGAUGAUAUUAGACUAGAAGAUUGUUUACCAGAAUACUUUACUGGAAUUACCGAAAACGGUUGUCCAACAGACUCACACUUUUUGUGUUCUGAUAAUAUGACAUGUAUACCUUAUCAUCAUGUCUGUGACAUCAGUCCAGAUUGUCCCGAUGAAACCGAUGAAACCGAAAACUGUUUUCUCGUACCCACCGAAGCUCGAUGUACGUUCGAGUCUGGGUUCUGCGGAUGGCGGAAUACGUCGGGCGAAAUGUCUCUGACGUGGAAACUGUACAAAGGCGACCGACACAAAUUUACCGGGCCGAAAUGGGAUAACACUUUCCGCAACCGAACUGGUACCUACGCUUACGUGGACAUGUCCGGAUCAUCCUAUCUCGGGGCGACGGCUCGCAUGGACAGCAUACAUUUCCACCCACCACCCACCUACUGUUCCGACACGCAGUCAAAAUAUUACAAUUCUUGUUAUGUAAGUAUCCGUUGCAUUCCGAUCGCUGUUGUAGUAGAAAAUUGUUUUCAGUUUGUAGAUUCAUUACUGGGAGUAGAAAUAACCUGA